GGGACCGCUGGGCCAAAAUGCACGCGGAAAUGCAAUUUUAAGUCCUUUCCUGCCCAGACACAAAACUCUUUGGGCAAAAAUUAGAAGCAUUAUCUCCAGCAAAAUUUUAGGAAGAGAAUCACGACAAGGAAAUGCAGUGCUUGCAAGUAUUUGCUUCCGUGAGUUGAGGUUUGUAUUGAUAUCCACAAUUAUCAUACCGCAGCCCUUAAAUCUCCAUCCUUCCAUCCUGCAAGUGGAGCCAUGCCACCAGACCUUACAUUAAUUGAAUAAUGCGUGGAGCUGCUGUUGACAACCAGACGACAAGACCUACCAGAACAAUUUUUUUUUAAAAGCGUGCUCUGCGCAUGCGUGGUACUGCCUUCUUUCCAUGUCUGUGACUUUAAUGUGUCUUUGACGCGCCUGUAUGCGACUCUCGUCAACGAACGAGGCGGCUGUGUCAGCGCUCGCAGCACGGAACGGAGGGCGAGAUCUUCCAUCCACUCCCCGCAGUCCCAGAGUUGCGUUUGUCGUCGUCGGGCCUUGCGGCAGUCGCAGCAGCUUGGUUGGCAGGCGGCACCCGCCCGGUCUUUUUCUUCGCUGGUCUUGGCUGCUGUCGGCACGCACAGGAACUCUGCGAACGUUGCAGCGGUGCUUAGCAGCUGUUGCGGGACGUGCGAACCAACGGUUCUUUUUUUUUUCGCCCUGCGUCUUCAACUUCUGUGCCAAAGGCUAUCCUCCCUCCCCUACCCCCCACGGUCACUCCCUUCCCCAUGAUCUGCUCCGUUUUGUCCUCCUCCUCCUCCUUCUCCUCCCCCUCGAUCCCUCCCUUCAUCUUUUGUGGCGGGUGUCGUAGCGGUGGCGCUGGCGUUGUUCCUCUACAUGCAGGUGCACAGGACAGCGCGCGUGUUGCACGUGCUGGCCUGUCCGGCGCCGUCGUGACGUUUGGCGUUGUGGCGGUUGUACAGUUGGCUACAGAGAUACAUCACGUGCAGAGUCACAGAGAGAAGGACCUCACGCGCACACACCUACUUCUCUGCUCCACCAACGUCCUGUCCACCUGAUGCGCUCAGCCAAUCCGUGGAUUUGUUUUUAAACUAAAGACUGAAGUUUACCCAGUUUAUCGUAUCAUGCAGGUUUACCUGUUCGGACUGUCCAGUGUGAAGGAAUGCGAAGUAGCUUGAAGGACCAGGGGAUGGAGUCUCCAUACAACUGAACGACCCAAGACUGUGUCCGUUAUGUAACCGCGUUCUGUCAGCUUCCAAAACGUUUGUUGCUGGGACUGUCUUCCGUUUCUUCUCCGGAGUUUCAGAAGGACGUAAAUGAAAUAAAACAACGGUAACCAUAACCUGUGCUGCUGUAGCUCGAGAGACACAACAGACCACCUGUUGGAAUGUGCAGACCACCGCCUCUCAGGUGAGAGACUGGCACAUCAGUGCCAGGUGAGACUGGAGUGACGUGCGUGCUUACCUGGUGGUGAAGUGACGUUCGUGUUCAACUGGCCUGUGCACCGGGGCUCAGCAUCCCAGACCUCCUUAGUAUGUUACAGUCGUAGUUGAGUCGGAUUGUGUGAACGUGAGUGCAAAAAAACAAAACAAAAAAACUACUGAAAUUGUUUAAAUCGUUUAGUAAAACGAAUGGGAGACCUGUUUGCGCAGACACUUUGUGACACGUGACACCUUUCCCUCAAAGAAGGAGUGCGCAGAAGAAUACAACCGUCUCGGCGAGAACAAAGGACACGGUUGAGACAGAAAAUUGCAGCAACGGUUAGCUUGACGGGAGGAGUGACAGUCUCAGAGCUUGACACUAGCAGCAGCGGAGAUUGCAAUCGCUGCAGCAGCAGCAGCAGCAUCCUUCCCACCUACACAGGUUGUCUGCCGGUUGAUGGCGCGUCGUCUCUGAUCACAGUGAUCAGUUUUGUGUGAACAUUUCUGUGUGAACAGCUCCACGUAACCAGCGAGAGGUUGCGGGGGAGGAGGAUGUACCUACCUGUCGCAGGAAACUCCAAGGAGCACCAGAACAUGGUUCAAUUCUGCUGCUUUAAUGUGCUGGCUGAGGUCUCGCCACUUUGGGCCACACACUUCACCUUGAUCCACACCUGCGUGUAACAAAGCAGCCGCCACUCGCCGCAGUCGUCGUCGCUGUUGCUGUUGCAGUCAAUGUUGGAGCACACCAGACAAGGGGAGCGCAACGGGAAGGCCGUGGGAUGCAGCGACUCGCGACGAUGUAGACCGUGGACCUGUACAAUGGAUGUCCUCUCCAUGCUCAAGCACACCAUCAUCUCCAAUGAUGUCAACCCCAUCACCAACUACUUCGACCUCGGCCGCCAGACGGGCAGCGCUGGGCCUGAGCUGGCCUGGAAGAUCUUCGAGGCCGUACGCAAAGAGGAUAAAAAGGAGGUGUCGGUGUUCCUGUUCGAGAAGAAGAUCGCUGACAAGCUUCACAAGCCCAGGCGAAGGGACGUGGUGACGGAGGUACUCAAGAAGGAGCCCUGGUACCUGGAGAGGUUUCGCCACCCGCAGAUCCUUGGACUCGUGCACGGCAUCGAGGAAUGCCACGACAGCAUCGCCUUCGCCACGGAGCCGGUUCUUGCCAGCCUGGCUAACGUCCUGGGAAACUAUGAGAGGCUGCCAGCGAACAUUCCUCAGGAAAUCAAGGAUCACGAUUUUAUCGAGAUGGAGAUCAAGCUAGGAAUUCUCCAGAUAGCCGAGGCGCUCAGUCACCUGCACAGCACGGAGCAGCUUAUUCAUCGCAACGUCAACCCUCAGUCCAUUCUGCUCACCUACCGCGGCGUCUGGAAACUCGCCGGCUUCUACUUCGCCGAGAAGAUUAAAGACGGCAAGGAGUCGUCUCCAGUUCAGCCGUGGACCAACAAGGUGCCCAAGAUGGCGCAGCCUGACCUCAACUUUUUGCCACCGGAAAUGCAGCUGGGACGCACUUGCUCGCCUCUCUCGGACAUGUUCUCCCUGGGCAUGGUGGUGUGCGCCAUCUACAACGCCGGCCACUCCCUCAUCGCCGCCGACCACAACCCAAACCUCUACGUGAAACAGCUAGACCAGAUGCACGACAUGUUCGGGGUGGUGGCCCACAAGAUGCCCAUGGCGCUGGUGGAGCCGGUGGAGAAAAUGAUCAACAAAGACCUCCGCUAUCGACCUUCUGCUCACCUCUUCUCACUUCUCAAGUAUUUCAACGACACGGUUGUGAUCAAUCUCCACGCCCUGGCCUGUACAGAUCGCCGCGAUCCUGCUGGCCGAGCUGAAGCUUACGUGGGUCUUUCCCAGGUCAUCCCCAACAUACCCAGGAAGGUGCUAUACAAACACGUGCUGCCGACUGUGGUGGACGACUGCAAGAUGUUCGACUCCAUCAUCUACGCCUUGCCCACACUGCUCACCAUCAUCGACUUUGCCACGCGCGACGACUACUGCGACCUCAUCCUGCGAGACUUCUGCACCGUCCUGGGCAUGCCCAAGCCUGUACAGGCCACAGUCUACAUCUUGAACAAGCUGGACAUUAUCCUGACCAAGACGCCCCUAGAGGACAUUCGGACAGAGAUUCUGCCCAUGGUCUUCAACACCUUGGAUUCCUCCUCCCUCCAAGCACAGGAAGCAGCCAUAGCUGCUAUUGGAGUAGUCAAGGAGUACCUGGACGACAAUAUUUUGAGAAAAAUGGUGCUGCCUAAAGCUAAAUCCCUCUUUUUUCGCUCCACGAACGUGAAGAUGCGGAUCAACGCCCUGUCGUGUGUCGACCAUCUGCUGGAGAGUCUGGACAAGAUGCUCAUCCUUGACGACGUGCUGCCCUUCCUAACAGACAUCACUUGCCAGGACCCGGAUGUCAUCGUCACGAUCGUUAGUAUCUACAAGCACAUGCUUAGUGACAAGCGCUUUGGGUUGACACAUAACCUGCUGGCGACAAAGGUGAUGCCAUCCCUGAUCCCACACACCGUCAAUCCAGGUCUCAACAUGGAACAGUUCAGCUCCCUGAUGGAGGUAUUGCGGGACAUGCUGGAGCAGGUGGACAAGCAGCGACGCAACAAGAUGAAGCUGGAGACCGUUACCAUCCCCGUCCCUCACAGAGGCUCAAUAAAAAUGCAGCCCGGAGAAGAGGGCAACGACUUGGCGGCUUUGCUGGAGAGCCGACUCCUGAACCAGUCCAAGAGCAAACCUGGUCCAUACUCGUGCACGCCAGCUCCCAGUACCCCAGAGCUGCAGCAACGUCCGAGAGGCAGCAGUCCCAAGUCUCAGCGAAAAAAUCACACUAUCCAGUCUCUAGGCAUGAGUCUGGAUGAGAAGAGCAGCCUGGACAAGCCCUUGGACAUGCAGCGCCGCCACUCCCUGGUGCCCCCGUCCUCAGGGUACGCCCACCAUCUCCAUCACCAGCGAGGACGCCCACAGCCCCGACCGAUCCCGCCGUCCCUCCACGCACAGCCUGGGGCCCUUCAGCAUGCAUAAUGCAAGAAGGGUAAGUGCGUGAUAUUGUGCUUUGCCGACAGUGAUUAGAGUUAUUUCCCUGAAAAUAUUGUAACUCUGUUGGUGUGCUAUGCCAGCCACUCUCGUUAUAAACUGUUGUAAGCGAGUCUUUGCGAACAUUUUGUGUUAUCACUCAUUCAAAACUCUUUCUAUCAUCAAAAACAAACAAGUCUAACAUUUCACUAUUAGAGGCCAAUAUAUCCAAUUGCUCGGAUAAAAAGCAAAUCAGUUCUGCUUCUUCUUCGGUGAAAGUAGAUAUCUUAAGCUAUGGUCAUUGUGUUCUUGAUUGUGGUCUUUAUGAGUAUUUUGUUAUGUAAAACUGGUUUCUAACGUUUUGUGUGUGAAAAACUCUAUGUAUAUUAUAUAUUCCGUAAAACAUUUUUAAACAGAAGUAACUUUAUGUCUUUAUCUUAUUAUUGUUGUUUUCUUUUUGUGUCAAAUCCUUUCUUUAUAUUACAAUUACACUAUCAAAAUUGUAACUGAAUGGCAUCUGUUUUUUCUGGAUAUUAUGGCUGUUUGUUUGAUGGCUUUUUGCCAGAUUUGCAAGUUUUAAUUUCUGUAUGUUGUUCUGAUUCUUUGAAAUAAGUGAUAAUUAAGGUUUUUUUUCUUUAACACUGAUUUGAUGUUCAUAACUGAUUCAUUUAUAUUCUUAAUAAAAAUCACAGGGAACAAUAUUUAUUUAAAACAUAAAUAUGUAUAAAUCUCGUACUUAUUGGUCAACUAUCAACUUACUAAUCUUUCAUUUCUUUCAAUAUUGUGUGCUUUGUUUCCCUUGCUGUCAGCUAGUACUUAAAACUAAAUUACUAACUGUGGAUGAGGUGCAGUGUGCGACAGGUUUGUUAGGCAGUUGAUGGCCUCCGUUGUCCAGUAAGACUUAUCAGUAUGGCCCGACUCUCUAACAAGCGCAGUUCUGUCUCUCUGUCGCUCACUGAACUUGUCAGGGAUCAAUGCUUCCUCGGCAUUCUUGUUAGGAAAAUCUACCUCCUUCAUGCAGCAGCUUCGAACCAUGUCCCCUAGCAGCAUCGGAAACCAUAAGCUCAAGGGGUCCACCAAGUUUGUCUUGAUCCGACUGUGAUACAGGGGGUCAAUCUAUCGCAA